CUCUUCUCUUCCUCCCGCCGAACCCUAGGCGCAUCUUCUCCUCUUACUCCCGCCUCAGCUCUCUCCUCCCUCCUUCGCCGCCGUAGCUCGGCUUCCUGACUAUUUUCCCCUCGGCCUGCUCGCGCUCUGGGUGGCGCGCCGCCACCGCCGCCGGCAGCUGUCAAGAGAUGGCCGAGGCGGCCGCGCUGCUCUAGGUGGCGCGCCGCCUCCGCCGCCGGCAGGAGGGAGCCGCGGUGGCCUCCGCGCAGCCCGACUAGGAGCUCCCCGGCGAGCAGCCGUUCCCCUACGAGAAGAAGGUGAGGAGGACACGCCCCUGCGUCAAGAGAUCCGUCAAGAGAUGCUCGCGCCGGGAGAGGAAUCCACGUCUGCUCCUGCUGCUCGACUGAUUCCAGAUCGAGGGACGCCUGCUUCUGCUCGCUACGGGCGGCGCCCGCCGGCCACGCAGGUCAUGUCUCCUUCCUUCAUCCUUCAUCUGCAAAACGUGCCAAGAAAGACGAAUUUAUUCACCUGCAUUUUUCUCGGUCAUUUUGGGCGCAGAAGUAGACUCAGCGGACAUUAUGUCGUGGACGAACUGUAGGCGGCUCAGUCUGAUUGACACAAGAAAGUGGCAAGGCCAGCUCCAUGUUCCUCUAGCAGAACUGGACCACCAAUCGUUAUAGUUCUGGUCUCAGGAAGCAGGAUGAAUUGGUCCAUCAACGAACACUUUUGCUGCAGAUCUUGGCAGGAAUCAUAGAGCUAUCAAGGUGACUGCAAAAGUUUCAAGAAGUACAUGUGGAGCGCAUCGAGCAUAUAGCAUGACGUGUGUAUAUGCUAAAAGAGAACUGACUAGGCCCCGGUCAUCUCCACCCCUGAUGGUGCUCCUAGAUGUGCUACACGUCGCCUCCUCGUCUCCUUGGCCGCUUCGCUGCCAGUGGCGUUCGUGCUCGUCGGCGGGACGGUGCAAGGCGCAACUCCGACGUGGUUCCUCGCUGGUUGGACGGUGUUCAGGUGCAACCCCGGCGCCCACUGAGUACUGCCUCGGCUACAACCUCCCUCGGUGAGCUCCACCUUCCCCUGCUCUGCCUCGGCUACUGUAUGGGACAUGGACAGGGCUAUGAUGAUCAGUUAUGGCUGAUAUAGGCAUGCUCUCGAGCAAUCGAGGCACUUGUGGGUAUUAAUUUGGAUCCUCCCUCGUUUCUUUGAGUCAUUUUGAUCACGUUCUUAUUUUAGUGGCUCCUGCCCUUGGAUGGUCAUUUCUGAUGAGUGAUAACCAGGGCAGUUUCACCCUCGUGAGAACAUAUUGAUCUGGUGAUCCAUCCAGAAAUAAGACCCGUGGCAAGUUCCCUGGUUCCUCAGAGCUCAGGCACUUUCGGCCGUCAGAUCGAUUUCCUGAUGCGAUUCUAGCCGUCGGAUCUCGCUCCGGAUUGAUCUCGGCCAUUGGGUCGAGCUCGAGCUCCUGUAGCAAUGAAUAGUUACUCCCGCGGUGAGAUAUCUCGUGCCAUCGCGUGUGAAUCACGUGCCCCAUCGGCCGGAAGCCAUUCUUGCUAGGGCGAUGAUGAUUAACCGUCGCUGAAAUAAGUGUGCCUUUGAGCAAUCGAGUUACCUGUGGGUAUCAAGUUGGAUCGUCCCUCUUGUCUCUAGAAUCCUUUUUGAUCCUGUGAUACUUAUUGUUCUGUCCUUGGAUGGUCAUUCUUGUUGAGUGAUAACCAGGGCAGCUCUACUGUAUAAACAGAUUGAUCUGGUGAUAAGAGAUGAUGGGGGUAGGUUAUAUGAUCGAGGAAAGGCGAAUCUGAGCCCACUAUGCAAUAAAACUGCAGCUACCUCCCCUAAUGUGUGUAGUAUUGAAGGAAAAAAAGAACUUUUCAUGUCUUCCUACUUUAAAAUUCAAAAAGGUUCAUUCUUCCUUUGCUGGUUACUUAACCAUGAUUUUUGUUUUGCUUUGGUUCUGGUUGAGAUACUAAAGGUUGUUUAUAUACGAAAAGAACAAACACUUGUGUUUUUGUAUGCCUCAACUGUUGCUUAGGAUCCAGUGUUGUAGUGCUUUGCCUAAUUACAAAUAACUCUAAUCAAUAAUAGUGGUAUCAAUAGUGGUUCUUUCCUUCUGAUUUGAACUGAGAGAGAGCCACUGAUUCUUGAUCUUAAGGUGACCCCAUUUUUCUAUGCCUCAUGCUCAUGCUGCUCUAUGUUCCCUUUUAAAAAUUCUUGCUUGCAUUUUGGGUUGGUUUCUGCUCUAUGUUCUCUUUUAGCGUUUCUUUCCGUUGUUGCUGCACUCCCUUUUGGGCGUUCAUUUCAUGCCCAGGAUCUUGCAAAUUGUGCCUGUGCCGAGCUUGCUUUAGAGUACGGGCUGCGGAGACGUCGAGGACCUCAAGGUCACCGAUGUUGUGGAGCUGGACGAGGUUUCCGUGCAGUUCAUCGACCGCCUGUUCUUCCUGGAGAAGGUUGCAACGGCCGUGACGGCGUCGAGGCUCGGCCGUGUGGCCGUCGACGUGGAGCAAGCAGAGGAGGAGCGACUACUACUCCAACGGCAGCCUCUUCUCCCUUGUCCACGUUCGGUCGGUGCCGUGGCGGAGGGUUGUCUUGUGGUUUGACCGGAGCGGGGGCACACCAAAGAAGCGAUCUCGUCCCCAUUGGUCAGAUUAUCCAACCCCCUCUGCUUCUGUACAAUUUUGUCGACUUAUCUGGCAUUUUCUCGGCCGUGUGGAACCAGCACAUCUACCUGCGAAUCUCCAGGCUAUGGUAUCAGCGGGGUUGCUUCGAUGAUGGCCCUAUCAAGAGUAUACAUGUGUGCUCUUCUAUAGGGAAAUCAUGCCAACAAGAUGGUGCCUAAUGAGGUCAUAGACAUGUUUUGGACACUUUGCAUGAGAGAAAUUUAUACAAGUGUGCCAGGAUCCAUGUGAGGUUCCCUGUAACAAUUCUGAGGGUAGUGGAAGGCACGUAUACGUUAUGGUUCACUAGAUCAACAAUUGUCUAUCACCUUGAGGGUGUUCCAUUUGGUCAAGUUUGUUAACAUGCUUAGUUGCUUCUUCUUUAUUAUGUUUCUGCUCCAAUAACUUUCUCAUAUUAUAUCACUUUUGUUAUUAACCA